GUGCUGCAGGUGCAGCCCCCGAUUUCCCGUGUGCCACAUGUAUUUCUGUCCGUCGAACAACAAUAGCAGCAACAACACAUGUGAACGGAGCUGCCGAGGGGUCGCGAUGUUUUCUGCUUUAAAAGAUAAAGUCGGGGAGGUUUUGUUACCGGGAGAUGAAUUCUCCUCUGAGGCCAACGACACCAUCUCUCUGACGGAUCACGUCAAACCGGAGAAGGUGGUGUGUGGUCCGGGUCUGAGGCGGAGCGGGGACCGGCUGCUGGUGUGUAAAAGCGGCUUCCUCCGACACAAACAGCCAAACAUGUUCUGGAUCGAUUCACAGCAGAGGAGGUAUGUCCCCACUAAAGGAGAGACCAUCAUUGGCAUCGUGACAGUCAAAUCAGGAGAUGUCUUCAAGGUGGACUUUGGAGGAAGUGAGCAGGCGUCUCUGUCCUACUUGGCAUUUGAGGGAGCGACCAAGAGGAAUCGGCCCAAUGUCAAGGUGGGAGACCUGGUGUUUGCUCAGUUUGUCAUAGCCAAUAAGGACAUGGAGCCGGAGCUGGUGUGUGUGGACAGUUCAGGACGAGCCAAUGGGAUGGGAGUAUUUGGAGGAGGCGGCCUGCUCUUCAGUGUCUCUCUGGGAUUGAUCCGCAGACUGCUGUCCCCCCACAGUGACGUCCUAUUGGACCUGCAGCAGCUGUUCCCCUGUGAGCUGGUGGUGGGGAUGAACGGUCGUCUGUGGGUCAAGUCCUCCAGCAUCCAGCAGACACUCGUCAUUGCAAACCUGCUGCAGAGCUGCGACACCAUGACUGCCCUGCAGAGACGCGAACUGUUCAGGAGGGUGGCACAGGGGGCACUGUAGACUGCCUCAGGCCACCAAGUACACCUGCUGGUCCACAUGAGGCAGUUCUUGGGAGCGCUGUGUCAGGGUUUUUGGUGCAGAACUGAUAAUUUUGUUGUAGUUUAAAGGAACAUUGCACAGUUUUUUCUAUCUCAGCUGAAACAUCAGAGUUAUGUUUCAGAAGGUUUGUCUGUGACGUCGGCCGCUUAGACAGCAGCUGCAGUCUGAACAUGGAUCAGACAGAUGCUACAGAGUUCUGACCUGGAGAGGUGUUCUGGAACCUUCUGAUGACACCUAAUGUGUUUAUGAAACUAAAGUAUGAACAAACACUUAAUUGUUCCAGUCGUAUAUCUGACUUAUGUUCUUGGCUGCUUGUCAUGAAAAAGACAAAAAUCCAGAAAAUGUCCACAGAAGCUUCCAGCUCAUUUUAUGGUUUUAAUAAAAUUCUGAGUAGAACCAGUAGAACCCAAUUCCAGUUUGAAUUCAGUACCCUGCUGGAUUUUCUCCAACAUGAAAAAGGGUUAUUAUUUUUGUAAUGAUUUUUUUGUAUAAAGAGAUUUAAAAUGAUCAACAGAACGUGAAGAAAUGAGAUGGUGUUGACUUCAGAGAUAUGUCAUGAAGUUAGCGUGCUAACCAUCUAGCCUCUGCUCGUCCUGGCUCAUAAGACCUCUGAGCUUCCAGCCCAGACCUCUUACUGCAUUUAAAUGCCCAAAAUCCCUCAUGAUCAGGUUCUCAACAACAGAAAAAUACUUUGUACAUUAUUGAAUAAUCUAAUUACUUUCAUGAUGAAUCAUUUAGUCUUUGAAUUGUAAAAUAAUUAGUCCAAAUCCAAAAGACUUAUCAUUAACUGUCAGAAAUUACAAAGUCAGCAGAUUUCAAAUUUUAAGAAGCUGAAAUGCUUAAUUUAAGUGCUCUGCAAUUAUCUUUCAAU